AUGGCGGACCGCACAGCCGCGACCUCCAAGAGGUCAUCGUCAUCGAGGCACGGCGAGGACAAUGUCGUCGGGCAGUUCAUCAUCGAUAAGGAGAUCGGCAAAGGCAGCUUCGCUCAGGUCUACUCGGGCCGUCAUAAGGUGACGGGCGCUCUGGUGGCCAUCAAGUCGGUCGAGCUGGCCCGUCUGAACAAGAAGCUCAAGGACAAUCUCUAUGGUGAGAUUAAGAUCCUCAAGAAGCUGCGACAUCCGCACAUCGUUGCCCUGCAUGACUGCGUCGAGUCGGCCACACAUAUCAACCUGAUUAUGGAGUAUUGCGAGCUGGGCGACCUCUCGCUGUUCAUCCGCAAGCGCGAUAAGCUCAUCACCAACUCGGCUACCCAUGAGCUCGCCCGCAAGUACCCAGUGUCGCCCAACUCGGGCCUGCAUGAGGUGGUCAGCCGCCACUUCCUACAGCAGCUGGCCAGCGCUCUGAAGUUCCUUCGGGCCGCUAAUCUGAUCCAUCGCGAUGUCAAGCCGCAGAACCUGCUUCUGUUGCCGUCCCCGCGGUGGCGCGAGACGAACAAGCUGGCCAAGCAGAUCCUCAGCGCCAGCCACGACUCCCUAACUCCGGCGGCCGGCCUGCCGUCGCUGCCCAUGCUGAAGCUUGCCGAUUUCGGGUUUGCCAGGGUCCUGCCGUCUACUUCACUCGCGGAGACCCUGUGCGGCUCGCCGUUGUACAUGGCACCCGAGAUUCUGCGCUACGAGCGGUACGAUGCCCGUGCUGACCUGUGGUCGGUCGGGACAGUUCUGUUCGAGAUGGUCACGGGCAAGCCGCCCUUCCGUGCGAGCAACCAUGUCGAGCUGAUCCGAAAGAUCGAGCAGGCCGAGGACUGCAUCAAGUUCUCGCGGGACUGUGUUGUUAGCUCCGAGAUGAAGCAACUCAUCCGUGCGCUGCUGAAGCGGAAUCCGGACGAGCGGAUUGACUUCGACGAUUUCUUUAACCAUCCUGUCGUCGUGGGCCCGAUUCCGGGCGUCGUUGAGGAGGAUAUCCAGCUUCAAGAGCAGGCUCGUGCCCAAUUACAGCAGGCGCAGGCUCCCGUUGAGCCGAAAUCCAGCACGCCUAAGCCUGAGGACCCGUUGUUGCGCCGGCGUCAGUCUCUCGUUGAUGCGGAGGUAACACAACCCCCCGGUUCGCCCCGGCAUCGUCAUGCUUCGCCGUUGACGACACCCGUCGAGCCUAAGCCGUCGUCCCUGGACAGCCCUCGUCUGAGCUAUUCGCCGCGUCAGGACGCUCCGGACGCUACCCGGCGGGCCGCCAUCCAGCCGUCGACCUCGGCGCCGGGCACCCGGCCGAUCGCCUACGUUGAUCGCACAAGGCGCUACUCCAACACCUCUCGUCCGACAUCGCGCAUGGCUCAGUCCCCAUCGACCCCGGUCGAGGAGCCCAAGAAGAAGAGCUCAUCAUCCAAGACGCUCACGGAGGAGGAGAGGGUCGCCCAAGACAUUGCGUUCGAGCGUGAUUACAUCUUCGUGGACAAGAUCGCCGUCGAGGUUAACGCCCUCGCGGACCAGAUCUCGAUGUACAAGAACCAGCAAGUCCUCCAACAACAGCAGCAGCAGGUCUCAUCAUCCCCGAAAUCGGGCCAGCUCAUCCGCCGUUCGUCCCAGCGCAACGCUCCAGCCUCGACCUCCGGCGCUGUCGCUCGUUCUGCUUCCACUAGGGAAUCCACUCGCACCGAUCACUCGCGUCGCGCGUCCUACGAGAAGAGCUUAUCCUCGAGUCCGGGAGGGGCUACCUCCAUGAUCUCCAAGGCCAUCCAGGACGCGAGCCUGCGCUUGUUUGGGAUUAAGUACACGCCCAGCUUGCUGGGCGGCGGUAGGAGUGGCCAUUCCCCGCCGCCGCAGAUCUAUAACCCCUUCCCUACUGCGUAUGCUACGCCUGCGGGGUUGAUCGCCGAUGGGUCGGCCAAUGGCUCGGGCUCGGGGAUUGCCUCUGCUGGGAAGGUCAUUAUCGAUGAAGACGCCCGUGUCGCGCAGUGCAUCGAGGAGUACGCUACCCGCAGCGAUGUGGUCUACGGCUUUGCCGAGGUAAAGUACAAGCAGCUUGUCCCGAUGGCCCCAUCAAGCGACCACGGCCUGGGCGGUGUCCCCGCCGACCGGAUGGGCGAAGAAGAGGAUGGCCUGACCCCCGAAGCAAUCGUCGCCCUCAGCGAGGAGGCCCUGGUGCUGUACGUCAAGGCGCUGAGCAUCAUGAACAAGGCGAUGCAUAUCGCGGGCGCGUGGUGGACCAAGCAUCAGCAGAGGGCUGCUGUCGAGGCUACGAAUGGGAACGGGAAUGGGGCGGCUGAUAAGUUUGCGAAGAAGAUCAACGCCGCGGUGCAAUGGAUCCGGAAUCGGUUUAAUGAAGUGUUGGAGAAGGCCGAGGUUGUCAGGUUGAAGCUGAUCGAUGCGCAGAAGAGACUGCCGGAGGAGCACCCGAGUCAUCCGAGUAACCACCCGCCGGAGACCGGCUCGCACUCGGGGGCGGCUUCCGGCAGCAGCGGGGUUUACUUGAGUCCUGGGAUGAGUGCUGAGAAGUUGAUGUAUGAUCGGGCGGUUGAGAUGAGCCGGACUGCGGCGAUCAACGAGAUUGCGAGCGAGGAUUUGCCGGGGUGCGAGAUCUCGUAUGUUACGGCGAUUAGGAUGCUUGAGGCGGUGCUGGAGAGUGAUGAUGAGCAGGGGGUUGGGCCGCUUGGUGGUGGGAAGAAGGGGGAGGGGAAGGAUAAGGGGAAGGAAGAGGAGACGGGGGCUAAUGGGGGCGGGAUGGGGAAUGGGGUUAUGAGCGUGGAGGAUCGCGCUACGGUGCAGAAGAUGAUCCAGAUGAUCAAUACCCGCCUGACUAGCCUGCGGAAGCGCAUGGCGGCUAUUGCGAAUGCGUCGCGCGCGCAGCAGCAGCAGCAGCAGUCGCAGCAAGGUCAGGGGCUAGGACAGAGUCCCGGGCAGGGAGGUAUGGUUAUGGGGCAUAGGAGGAGUGGUGAGGGGUCGAGGAGCGGGAUGCCUUCUGUUUGA